AUGGGAUUCUCAGCACUGCAUUUACUUCUCUGGCUUCUGGCUACAGUCACUCUCACAACACAAGGUUUGAUGGACUUUUUAAAACUCAAAUAAAUGAGCUUUAGCUGGAGUCAAUACUGCACUUAAUGUUUUGAGCUUCAAGUGUGAAGGUAAAAAAUCUAACUUUUUGUGUAUCUUUGUCUGCAGAGUUGUUGACAAUAAGAGUGACUCCCAAGAUUGUAGCAGCGUGUGGUCAGCAGGUUAAGCUUGACUGCGAGGUGACUUCAUCUCAACAUGGGCUGUCAAUCAAACAUAUUGAGUGGUAUCAAAACAAUACCUCCUUAUGUAGGAUAAAUAGUGAGGAGGUGAUUACCACAUACCACAGGCACACUGUAAGUGACUUCCAUUGUGAGUAUCAACGUGGAAAACUGUCAAUCAUCUUUAAGGAAAUGAAGCCAAUGGACAGCGGCGACUCAAAGCCCUUUGGGUGUAACAUACGAUCCAACAAAGGAGUUAAGGACAAAAGCACCACAGUGGACUUACAAGGUCAGAGUCCAGAUUUGUUUAAGUUGAACAAACAGACCGCUUUGUUCUGUCUAUAUACCUGCCGCCAUGACUAGCUGAUUGUCUUUGGCUGUUUUCCUAGUUGGCACAAAUAUCCACUUUUUUAAGUUAAAGGUGUCCUCGAUAAUCAAACAGAUCAUGUUUCUCAAUAGAUAGCUGUGUUUGUUUUUAAUGGUCCCGCAGUGAGUAAAUGUAAGUCUAUUCACAUCUACAAAAGAGGCUAACGUGCUUUAAUGGGAAAAAAACAAAGACUUUUUCAUUUCACUUGGUGUUCAUGGGUAGAGAGUAAAACCAACGGCAGUACUUGUACAUUUGUCUUCAUGGCGAUUCAGUACACAUAACUUUCCUAACUCUUACUACUUAAAUGAAAAUUCUAUCUUAAUGUUCUAUCUUAUUGAAAAGUACAAUUCCUGUUAACAUCAAACUCAACUAAUAAAUCAAAAAUCUAUAUGGAUUGGCAAUGAGAUGGCAAUCAACCAAGGAUAAAAGAGAAACCAUUUCUUUGCAAAUGUUUGUAAGUUUUUUCGGUGCAGACUCUUUUGCAGAAGUUGUUUAUUCAGAGCAACCAAUCAGAAGACACUUCCUGUAAAAUUAAACAACUGUAGCUUAAUAUGCAAAAUAAUAACAUGCAAAGUAACCAAUGAAAGGCAAAAACCUUUUUUAUCUGUACAACUGAGUGGGAUAGGUUACAGACUACUCUAUUUACAUUAGGGCUGGGCGAUAUGGCCUCAAAUCAAUAUCACGAUAUAUUGAUCAGUUCACCUCGAUAACGAUAAAUGGACGAUAACUACUCCACAAGCUCCUAAACCCACUCACAUUAACUUCGUCUACUUCAGCCGCUACAACUUUUGAACUGUCCUCCAUCUCCUCACCUGUCUUUCCCUCUUUGUUAUUGACUGGAUGGGGUGGAGUCACGUCUCUGAUGUAGGACAGCGUCUUAAAGGGACAUGAAAGCAUAGCCUACCUACACACAUCCAAAACCAACUUCUAUUUAUUUUUUUGACACCGAAUAUAUGGAAACAGGCAAAAUGACGUUGGUUAUUGUUGUAAAUUUUUGUAUCGGUAAAUUUUCAGUUUAUUGCCCAGCCCUAAUUUGCAUUACAGUAUUUGAGUAAAGUCUUCACUUUGUUUCCUUUGUGUUUUUCCUUUGCUUUGUGUUUGAUAAAGAUUAUAACAGAGUGCAGGCUUUUGAUGGUUUCAUUUGAUAAAUAGGAACGUUUUGGAUAAAGAGUCCCACUCAAAGUGCCUCCUCUGGUUUUUCUUUCAGAGUGCUGUGGACACGUUGAGGGUGUCAUGAAAGAUGGCCGUCCAGACUGUACCUUCACUCGUGUCUACCCUGAUGGAGAGGUGCACUGGUUUCACGGCUCCCACCGUCUUCAUGGACACCACACUGGAAAACGUGUUGAAGACGGGGGUUGGCUGACUAUCAACAGUUACCUGGAGAGGAAAACUUCAGAGGUGCCUUACAACUGUUCCCUGUGGAGCCCCAAAACAGGAACCUACAUAGCCAGCACUCUGAUCAAGAAGCGGCCGAAAACAAAUCCCCUCCUUGGGAAUGGAGCUGGAUCAUAUGAGCCUGCGUGGACAUUCGGGUUUGUCGCAGUCUUACUUGUUGUCUCACUGAAAUAA